CACUUGCUUAAUGACAGUGUCAUGUCAUACUACAGAACGGUGUUAAAGAAAAGGCAGAAACAGACAGCCUUACACCAGUUUUUAGCUCUGAAAAGAAUGAAACCUAGUGAGCCAGAAGCAGGUCCUAGUGGGCUACAGACUCUCGUAAGGAGAGAAAGGACACCAGAGAGCCAAAGUCCUGAUGCUCUUAUGGAAGGUGUCGCUCCUUCCAAACAAUAACCACCUUCCAUUUCAUCCUUCCUACCUGCAAGCCAAAGUUGUCGACUUAAAUGGUUUUGUCCUUGGAGCACGGGAGCCCAGUGCCGGCCGCCCCUGGGACCCACACUGUAUGCAGCCUCCGCGAUCUGCCGAUCUGCAGCCGCAGGCUGAGGCCCCUGAUCAGUGGGGCAAGUCCAGACACCAUAAGCAGCUCAGCCCAUUCCAAGUACCCGGCCAUCAAGGCCCUGAUGCGGCCGGACCCGAAGCUCAAGUGGGUGGUGCUGGGGCUGGUGCUGGUGCAGCUGCUGGCCUGCUGGCUAGUGCGAGGCCUGGCGUGGCGCUGGCUCCUGUUCUGGGCCUACGCCUUCGGCGGCUGCGUGAACCAUUCGCUGACGCUGGCCAUCCACGACAUCUCCCACAACACCGCCUUCGGCACGGGCUACGCCUCCCGCAACCGCUGGUUCGCCAUCUUCGCCAACCUGCCCGUGGGCUUGCCCUACGCCUCCUCCUUCAAGAAAUACCACGUGGACCACCACCGCUACCUGGGGGGCGACGGGUUGGACGUGGAUGUGCCCACACGGCUGGAGGGCUGGCUCUUCUGCACGCCAGCCCGCAAGCUGCUCUGGCUGGCACUGCAGCCCUUAUUCUACUCGCUGCGGCCGCUCUGCGUGCACCCCAAGGCCAUCACCCGCAUGGAGGUGCUUAAUACCCUGGUGCAGCUGGCUGCGGACCUCACCAUCUUCGCCCUCUGGGGCAUCAAGCCUGUGGCCUACCUGUUGGCCAGCUCUCUGCUGGGCCUGGGCCUGCACCCCAUCUCGGGCCACUUUGUGGCCGAGCACUACAUGUUCAGCAAGGGCCACGAGACCUACUCCUACUAUGGCCCCCUCAACUGGAUCACCUUCAACGUGGGCUACCACAUGGAACACCACGACUUCCCCAGCAUCCCAGGCUGCAACCUGCCCCUGGUGCGGAAGAUUGCACCCGAGUACUACGACCACCUGCCACAGCACCACUCGUGGGUGAAGGUGCUCUGGGACUUCGUGUUCGAGGACUCCCUGGGGCCCUAUGCCAGGGUGAAGCGUGUGUGCAAGCUGGCCCAGGACUGCCUCUGAGCCGGCCGCUGACCCUGGGGUGGACACACUUCCUGCUGCAUCGCUCACUGCCAUCUCCUGCCCUCUGAGCCGUGCUUCAGAAAGCUCAGCCGGCCUGACCCCUGAACUGCAGCUUUGGGCCCUGCUGAACCCCGGCUGGUGUCUGUGGUCCCAGGCCGCAGCGGAGCAGCCUGGCCUGCAUGUGGUCUCCAUGGGUCACCUGCCAGCCUGAACGCUCCGUGCCUGUCUCUGUGCAGCUAGUUUGUCAGUGUUCUCAGGCCUAUAAAUUAAACCAAGGUUGUUUUCA